AUGACCAAGAUACUAACACAAACGAUGGUGUUGUUCAAUGGCAGCUUCGAUACGAAGCAACACACUCGACCGACUGUCCUCCGGGGCCUCCGGAACCUCCGAGCGGGUAUCGUCGUUGUUCUCCUCUUUAUUGACUCCCGCAGACCAAAAAAGAAACCAAAUGUCCUCCUUUUUCUAUCCCUUGCCUUUUCAUCUGGGAACCGAAUCCUUAUUUCCCCUGAUACUUUAUCGAUAUCUAUUCCCUACGCGCCUCGGGAAGUGAAGAAAGCCGGUGACAUCCUGGCCAGGGUUACAGUAUCUCUUCUCGCCCAUCAUGUGCUUCCAAUGUAA